AGCGGACCUUUUUAGAAUACGGCCUGUGGGCUGUUGACUUUAGCCGGAGAUGGUGUUUUAGCUGGAAGACAAUUUAGUACGGUGAUUUGGAUGAAAGUUUAGAGAAAUAUAUUACUAAAAUAAAAAGAGAAUUAGCACCAUGGGUGUCUGGAGAAGCUAAAAUAACUCCUAGAUAUUUUAAUAAUUUAGAUUCGAUAUCAAUUUAGCCAGAAAACGCUAGCUAGCUUGUUAGUUGCUAGCUCGCAACAAUAGCCGGAUUUAGACUCGUUUGGACCUCCAGAGAGCUUCGGUAAUUUUGUAAUAUAAAUGUGAGAAGAUUUAUGCUAUAAAAUAUUAACGAUUAAUUGUUACCUAAUAGAUCACUCAGGAAAGCAAACCCGUCAGACGAGUUUCGAUUCGAUAAAAAAAUCGCUGAUCCAGUGACGUCAUCGCCGGUACCGUGUGAAAUCGUGAAUUAUUGUUAUCGCCGUGUGAGUUUCGCUUUUUUUCCGGCCAUGUCGAAGGUGGAGCGUCUGAACGCUCGGGUCAGCAAGCUACUGACGGCGGCGGUGCAGGAGGUGCUGGAGGCCGUGAGGGAGACGGUGUCCGAGUAUCAGGAGAAAACGGCUCGGACACAGAGGGAGAACGAGAGACUGAGGCGAAGGCUGCAGGAGCUCACGUCCGCGAGGCCUUUAGGCGCAGAGGAAGUCGUUAGUCACAACGUAGCGAAGUGGACCGAAUCGGAUUCUUUGUUUAACGGGCGGGACGACGUCCCUCAGAAGGAGGCGCUACGGGACCGACACGGACCCGACUCGAGUCCUGCGGUUUCUCAGAUUGCGCGUUCGUCUCAGCCAGAAGCGCCGGAGCCGAAACUCCAGGCCGCUCCGGCGCAUUUCGGGGCCCAAGCCGAAUUUUCGGUGUCGGAUUACAUCACCCAGGACGCCCCAUCGCCAAAGCAGGGACCUCUGGAUUUCCUACCGAGCGCGAUUAAAACUGAAGACGAUAGUGAUCGUUAUCACGAUUACGCCUCCCAGACGUUCGUUUUCCAAACGGACCAGACGUCGAUGACGCAGAGCGCGGCACCGUCCUGCUCCAUCGCCCCGUUCGUGCUGAACGGUUCCUUACAGAGACUAAUGACGGAGGACAUGGAGCAGCUCGGCGCGGUUUUGGAUGGCGCCGAUACGAGACACGACGAGCUGCUGAAUGGUUUGUCGUACCGCCGGACUGGGUGUGGUUUCCGAAUGCGGCGGGCGGAGAAGCGAUUCUGCUGCGGGCUCUGCGGCCGCACCUUCAGCCACGCCGGGGACUUUAAGAAGCACAAGCGCGUGCACACGGGCGAGAAGCCGUACCUGUGCACCCUGUGUGGGAAACGCUUCAGUCAAUCCGGGUACCUGAAGAUCCAUCAGCGCUACCACACGGGAGAGAAACCGUACGCUUGCGCCACUUGCGGGAAACGCUUCAGUCACUCGAGCAAUUACAGAAAACACCAGCAGACCCACAUCGCUCAGAGUCUGGGGGCUAAUUUAAUCUAGAAUCGAGGCGCUUUUAUAUUUGGACCUAAAACUGUACCUGAUCAUGACACGAGAUGCACGACGUAUGUUUUGUUUUUCUUUCCUUCAGAUCACAACCACAUCAUGAAAGAAAAAGAAAUGUUUCUUUGUUUUUAUAUAAAUAUAUAGUGAUUUAAUAAUAAAUUUUUGUUUUCACAAACAAAAAACGGAAUGUGGGUGAUUUUACACGAUACACCGCCGUACCCUCACAGAUAUUAGAACGCUCACGUUUCAGUAUGGCGGCUGAGGAGAUUCUUACAAUAACCGGUGGGAUUGCUUUCGCAAAAUGUGUAUGAAUCGGCUGCCGAUGGGAAAAAAAUAUGAUGCUAAUGCGUGUAUUUUCAGUGCGGAAAAAGCUGAAAUAAAGCCAGAUGUUCUUUUCCUG